UGAUGUCCUGGGUCAAAGGUUCCCAGUACAACUAUACUGUUGCAGAAAGACAGGUACAAGGGACUCUGAGCUGUGACCUAGCAGCAGAACAACCUAACUGCCAAUAAAUCACUUUAGAAGGUGCUGCCAAGAGCUCUGAUCUCUAGUUCCAUCAGUUCCUAGAAUCAGAAGAUAUGGAGUCUGCAUUGAUGAUUGGAGUAAUCCCUGUGCUGUACUCAGCAGCAGGUGACAAAUCUGGCUACUAUGCUGGGCGGACACUGUGGUUAGGACUAAUCUCAGUGUACAGCCUGGUGGUGUAUGUAGUCCGGAUGCCAUGGUACCCCAUCUACGAAGAUUUCAAAUGCCAUGGAAAUAUCCCCUACCCUUGCCUUAUGGAGUGUUUUGAACAAAUGUUUACCGUUCCUGUUUCAGAAUUGUGGUGCUACUUCUACUUCAUCUUCAUAAUCCUCUUUUGCCUCAUGGAAUUCUUCAUGGCUCAGAUUCGGCAUAAGCACAACAAGGAAAAGAUGAAGUUCACGCAGCAGGGAUCAGAGAACCCAGUGGAAAUGGAGAAGGGCUCCAGGGAGGCAAUCAAGAAACAGAGCCCCUCUCAGAAGAUAUCCUUCCUGAAGUUCCACCAGGAAAAGGAAAUAUUAUAUUUGAAUCUGUUCCACAUCCUCCUGCAGGUCAGCAUCCAGACUGUGUCUUUUUGCCUGCUCGCAAACAUACACCUGCCCCUGAUAAGUAAAAACAACUUUCAUUGUAGCACCGAUGGCUGUCCUGGUCCCUAUCACUGCGUCAUCUGGGAAAUCUCUGAGAAGGAGCUGUCCAUGUACAUACUGGGCAUCUUCUCUAUCAUAAUCAUCAUCCUUGGCACAGGCUCUUUUGUAUACAGCAUCUACCACCACUUGCUGAUGGCCCGUUCAGUUUCCAAGGUUUGAAUUUUUUGACAUUUAUGAGAAACAACACUUUAAAGUCUUUUUUACCCCAGACCAGGUAGUUGGGGUUCCUCCACAUUUUGUUUGGGGCAGGGCCUGCUCUUGCUAACCUUCUUUUGAUUUUGAUUUGAAAACAGUAAAAGUUUGCUGUUCUCCUUUUUCUGUUCUAAGGCCCGGCUGGGAUAAUCUAAUUCUAGAAGUAAAACCAAACCAAACCAUGCCUAAUAACUGACUACCAGGCAUUAGUACACAAUAACUCAUUUCCUUCACACUGUCACCUAUAAGGUGACAUCCUCACUUUUCCCUGAUGCCUAGGAAUAUAGGCAGCUAGUAAAGACCACCUGCAGUCAGCAAGGGAGGCCAAUUUUAAACUUAGGUCUCCCAGGGCCCUAAUAUGCACCCUCCUGGAGCCAUUUGCUGUGUGGCUGAGAAGCAGAGCUUGUUUUUACUGUGAAUUCUACUGAAGAGAGGAGCAAGGAAAAAAAGUGGGGGCACUGUGCCAGGAUGUAGGGACACCCUUUUAAGGUCACAGUUGUAUAUUCUUGCUCUCUAGUCAGAGACAAAAGACCCAGGAAGCUAAAUCCAAAUAAGUUAUACAUAACCUGAAAGUGACCAUCUGGGAAAAACACCGAGUGAACACAGCAUGUCGGACAAGACUUCUCAUCAACUUUCAAGUCACAUUCCAACACAGACAAGGCUGGCUCUACAGGGUGACACUGCUUUCAUAGACCUUAAAGGGGCAGACCUGGAGAGUGGACUCGGUGCUAGAACUUUGGGAGACCACGAGUGGAAGGAGUAAGGAAAGAGUAGGAGCAAGAGAAUGGCCAGGAGAGACAUUGGGCGUGAGCUGGUGAAAAGUCAGAGACAAUUUCACCCAUGGGUUUGAGGGAGGGUAUGUUAUUAUGGUCAUAACAUAAUCUUCUAUAAUAUCUACAAAGAUGCCUUGUGGUCAUUUUCUCACAAUGAUGAACACAUUCACUCAGCAUACUGGGUCUGAAUGUGGGCCAAGCACUGGAGCACAGAUAAUGUUGAUGAGCUGAAGAAGCAAACUUUAGAGAAGUGGUUCUCAACCUUCCUAACACUGCGACUCUUCAAUACAGUCCUCAGGUGUGAUGACCCCCAACCACACAAUUAUUUCAUUGCUACUUCAUUACUGUAAUUUUACUACUGAUAUGAAUUGUAAUGUAAAUAUCUGAUAUGCAGGAUAUCUGAUAUGUGAUGCCCAAAAGGGCCAUGAUCCACAGGUUGAUAACCACUACACGAGAGGAAGAAGGCAGUAAAUAUCAAUAGGAAAAGAGGCCAAAAUGUAUCCCAAAACUCACAAGCUGCCUAGCCCCAGAAUCAAGUCAGAGGCAUCUUCUUCAGGGAAGGGUCUAACUCAACCAAUACUCAGACUAAAACAAACAAACAAACAUACAAACAAACAUACAUGUAGGAAUUAAAUCUAUGUGGACUUGCAGCUGGAGAGGUGGCUCAGAAGUUAAGAGUACUGGCUGCUCUUCCAAAAGAACUAGGUUUGAUUCCCAACAACCCCACGUGGUGGAUCACAGAAAUCGGUAACUCCAGUUACAGGGGGCCUUCUGGUGUCUGGGGGUACUAUACAAGUGGUGCCCAGACAUACAUGCAUCAAAAUAAAAAUUUACACACACACACAUACACACACACACACACACACACACACACACACACACACACACACACGGGCAUUCUAAAAAUAAAGCCACUGCUUUUGGCUAUGUGUGUGGUGUAUUAUUUAUGUGUGUACUAGUGCACAAGGCUAUUCAGAAGCAGGGGAGGACAUCAGGCAUCCUGAUCUAUCACACUGUUUUAUUACCUUGUACAGGGCCUCUCACUGAACAUGGGGUUCCUGUUUUAGCUACACUGGCUGGACAGCAAGCCCUACCCCCAGUGACCUUCCUGUCUCUAUCUCCACAGUGCUAGAGUUACAGGUACACAUAUGGCUACAUCUGAUUUUUUUUCCCUACUGGGGAUUGAGCUCAGGUCCUCAUACAUACCCACUCUUACCCACUGAGCCAUCCCCUUGGCCCCUAUACAAGUAAUUAAAACAGUACUGAUAUUACUUAUUAUUCAAAAGUGAUUCAGUAGAGACAAGCUCCAAUUACAGGAUGGCCACAUACUGCUUCUACUUCUAACCAUUUAAAUUCCAAUUUUUCUUUGGUUUAUUGUUUUGUUUGUUGGUUAGUUAUUUGUAGUUUUGUUUCUUUAUGGGUCUUCUGAGACUAUGUCCUCUAUGUAGCCCAGAUUGGCCUAGAACUUUCAUUGCUCUUGCCUCAGCCAAUACUAGGUUUUUUUGGUUGUGAGCGUAGCCUUUAACAGCUGAGCCAUCUCUCCAACCCCUCAGCCAGUACUAGGUUUAUAAGCAUGUGUCACCAUGUCAUACUCCCAAGCUUUAACAAGACAAAAACGACAACAAAAAGAUACACACUUUAUAUAUGUUCAAGUUGUUUGUUUUCACUAUUAAAGGAAGCAGUGGGAUCUAGCUACACUACAACAUAAAUCCCAAUCUGAACUGGCUUAAAUAAUAGUAAAGCAUAUUGUUUAGAGAUGGGAGCUUCAGAAACAGUCCCUUUGGGUUCCAAGUUCUGUCUCUCCAUAGUUUUCUCUUUUCUUUUCUUAGUAUGAUUUCAUUUUGUUUCUUUAAAAUAACAUAUUUUGUAAUAUCUACAACAACCAGUUGAGAUCAAGUAAGAGUCUGAAUCUUUAUGCAGUAAUGAGUCCUUCCCUCAUCUUCCAGUAUCAGUAACAGACUCCAGAAAAUGAAUCAAGAAUAUGGUAUGUGUUCUGGACUCCAUGUCAUUCAAGAGGAGCCUCAGCACUUUCCUAGCUGGUGACCUACUAAGCUUUCCUAAUUCCU